CACGCUCCCACGGAAUAUAACCCCUCUACCGCACCCAGACCAUCCCCUCUCCUCGAUGACAGAAGCUAUGGCAGACACGAAAAUGGACGUCGACCCGCCAGAGAGCGCUUCAUUCGACCCCAAAUCUAAGGAAGCGCGCACCCAAGCAGGCGCCGUGGCGGUUCGCUCCAUAGAAGGCUGGAUCAUAAUGGUGACGAAUGUGCAUGAGGAGGCCGGCGAGGAGGAAAUUGCCGACUUCUUCGGCGAGUUUGGCGAGAUCAAGAACCUGCACUUGAAUCUAGACAGGAGGACUGGCUACGUCAAGGGCUACGUCUUCAUCGAAUAUGCUACCGUUGAGGAAGCCCUAGCCGCUAUCGAAGGUGCAAAUGACAAGGAGCUUCUUGAGCAGAAGGUUACCGUUGAUUUUGCCUUCGUGCGACCCCCGCCGGGCAAGACUGGCGAACGGCGGGAGAGGCGAGGCGGUCGCGGCGGAGGCGGCGGCCGGGGCAGAAGUCGGAGUCCGGGCCGCGAUGAUGAUUUGGAGGGCUAAAAGAACAGGACACGCAGCAGAUGACGAGGUGCCUCACACGUGCAAUUCUGGACAAGAGCAUAGCUGCCAGUCAAAAGAUGAUACCACAGGGGUUGGAGAUGGCGUAUAUAACGGCCGUGGUUGACCCACGACUGGCUUAGGCGUUGAGUCUGGAAAAUUAAGCUUCCCAGUCUGUCUCGUCCUGAAGAUGAGGUAGACUGGUUUUUCUCACGUGAUCUCUGACAUCUUUUCGUGGCUGUAA